AAUUUCUCUUCCUCUCUUGUUGCAUUCAUCAUUAAAGAAAUGGAUCAACAUAUAUUACCACUAUCGCCAAAUAAAGCAGUGGCUGCAACGACAACAUCUACUUCCACGUUGACUAUGACCACAACUACCACAACUAAUGAAGCUGCGAAUUCCAUGCCAUGCCCAAAGAUACCUGAUGGUGACAUGUCUCAGGGGCGGACCAUGGGAACCUCCCAGCAGCCAUUGACACUUUACAAGGGACAGGUGGAAGGCGAACACAGUCUUGGGAAUAACGACGCUGAAGCUGAAGCUUUAAAACAAAAGUUGUUAUUGCUGUCUCGAAGCCGAUAUGAUCAACUGAGCAGGAGUAUGGAGAAUUUGUUAAAAGGGUUCAGUACUACAAUGGACAGGGAUGUAUCUCUUCUGAUUGCAGAGCUGCAUAAGACAAAAACAGAACUACAUGAUAUCCGCAUUGCAUAUGCAGAACUUCAGUCGCGUGUUGAUAGUGAGCGAGCCCAGCUGAGACUGACAGAGAAUCGACAACCAUGUCCAUCGACAGAGGAGCAACAGCAACAGCUGAUUCAAAUAUCUACACUCCCGGACAAUAUACAAAAGGAUUCAGACGCUUACCUGGAUCAAUAUCCAGUGCAUCAUAGAACCCUGAUGGAAUUGCGAUGGCAAAACGCCGAGUAUCUGACACAAUUACAGCAGCAAAACCAAGUUUUAAUCAAUCUCAAAAACGAAUUAGAUAUGGCCACCUCAGAAUUAAUGCGUGCGAUGGAUGACAUUAAUACUCUGAGUUCUCAGAAAAGGGAACAUUUGUCGGCGAUUUCGACUUUGGAACGCGAAAAAGAACAGCUGCAAGAGUCGGUCCAUAACAAGACUGUCGUCAACUCGCAAUUGGGGGCAUUGUUAGACCACCGGCUGAAUGAAUUGAGAAAUAUUACGCACAUUAAUCAUACUCUCAAAGCCGAGGUGGAGAAGUCUAAGUUGCUCUUGGGAAACCGACAGGAGGUACAGAGCACGGACGUGCAGGUUGGCGGCGUGGUGGAUGUAGAGGUGAAAACACUUAUGGAGGAAGUAGAAAAGUGGCGCCUCGAAUGUAUUAAAUACAGCGGGUUUAUCGCAAAAUACUAUGAAGACAUCGUAAUGGUGGUCGCGAGGAGGCAUAAUACAUCAUUAAACACUGGUACAGCAUCAGCGAAGGAUUUUCGAGAUAUCAAAGGGCCUACUUUAGGCUAUUUCCAUCCUGACAGGGCAUCAAAUGGCAUUAUUCAGUCAGUAACACAUCUAGUGCCAGGGACUGCUCAAAACUCAAGCAUGCAUUCCUCAAAUACCCCGCUGUCUAGUGCACAAAAUAACGACCAACAACUGCAACAAAGGCCUGCAGCGGAGCAGAUGGCAUUAGAGACCUCUACUUCAGUAUCAAAUGUAUUGGAUCAAGAAAGAACGAGCAUCGCGAGUCCUCCUACAAUGGAUAGACCUGCUUUUAUUGAUCCCAUAGUGACAAGCGAGAGUAAUCAGCCAAGCCUAACGGAAGGAAGGUUGGAUCCUACGCCCCAACUGCCACGACUCUCGAAUCAAAAGCACCAGGCCCUGAAUCUGGCUAUGACACCCUUGCAACAGCAGACAGCACAAACUCUAGAUAUGAGCAAACAUGCGGAAGAGCAGCAAGACCACCAAAGUCAUCGAGUAAUAACGACAGCGGCAGCAAACAGGCCGCAAGAUCCAACUUUUGACGGACUGACGAAUUUUGAAACAACGCAACAGGGUCUAGGGCAGGCACGCCAACUCAUAUCGAUGGCCAAUACCGUGACAUCGUCAGGUACGGCAGCCAACCAGCCGAACAAUGUUUCUACUAUCGCAAAACCAAGUCCAACAAGUGGACCUGAGGAAGGUGUUUACAAUCAGUCAAUCUCGACACAAGUUCCAGCCUCCAAUGGCGCAUUAAUCAAUUCAGCUUCAAUCUCCUCCGAAGAUGGCUCCCAGCCACAGAAACAAUCAAUAUUUAAACCACCUCUCACACCAGAAAUCUUCGUGUCAUUCUCUUCCUCUCGGAAGAAGAUACGAGCAGCGCCAAGGAUUUCAUCGGAGUAUGGCCUACUAAAUUUAGAGCAUACUGCGAGCAUACAACAAGGCAAAAAACGGAAGCUUAUCGUAGAUGGGGAUGAAAGCGCAGAUGAACACUACACGGCAAUUAAAGUUGGGGCAAUGUCUACAUUCCCCUCAUCACCUGCUUCAGCUGCAUCUGCCACAAUGCCAACAAACAGUUCUUCGCCGCAGCACGCGGAACUAAGAGUGUUGGACAGUACAGUGUCAAUCAGAAAUGAGACCCCAGAAUCAGAAAUGGCACAACCAAGGACACAAACUGAAGAGCAGUCUAUUCCUAAUGAUGAUUAUUCCGCUAGCACCACACAGGAUAACCAUGUAUUGCGAGAUCAGCACGAAGGUGUUGCGCCUUUACCAUCGUUUCAACCGAAACGGUGGUUGUUGUCAGCGGUUGAAAUCCCGGUUGCACCUAGCAAUAGGCGAAAAGAAACAAGGGUGACUGAAGAGACAGAUAAAAUGUAUUUCUAAGAAGGA